GGGCUGCAGUGCCGGCCGAGGGCUCUCGUACUGAGUACAGCUGGAGAGUCCACCCCGGACGGGGCAGAAAAAAGCGCUGCAAACAACACAAUAACCGGGAACACCAGCAGGAACCCACAAUCACCGGGCACACCAGCAGGAACCCACAAUCACCGGGCACACCAGCAGGAACACACAAUCACCGGGCACACCAGCAGGAACACACAAUCACCGGGCACACCAGCAGGAACACAGCCAGGGCUAGUGGCGAGGAUGAAGAGCCGCUGAUAUAGCGCGGAGGGUACGGUGAUACGGCUGUGGGGGAGCAGUGUGAACAGCCCCUGGCGGAGGGACCAGAGGGGGCCCCACAAUGGGGAAAAUAGUCCCCUUCGCGGGGCUCUGGAUUAUUGGGGCGCUUCUUCUCAGAGCAGCGGUGCUGUGCGCCGGCCAGGGCAUUCUACACGAUCAUAACUACACAUGUGACCCAGAAACUCAGUAUGAACAUAAAGGACGCUGCUGCAGUAAAUGUCAACCAGGAGAACACAUGAUGUCCAGAUGCACUUCCAACACAGACACGGAUUGUAGAAUCUGUGGCCUGAAUGAAUACACUUCUCACUGGAAUGAUGAUAUAAGAUGCCAGCUACAUGUACGUUGCGAUGAUGGGAAAGGAUUAGAGGUGCUUUAUCAUGGAAACCGGACGUCACCCCGGGAAUGUGUAUGUAAGGAAGGAUACCACUUACACACUGGUUAUGAUAUUUGUAUGGAAAAUACAGAGUGUCCUCCUGGCUUUGGAGUAAGGUUUCCAGUUCAAAAAAACCAAGACACUGUAUGCAUAGCAUGUCCUGUUGGGUAUUUCUCCAACUCUUCUUCAUCCAAAGAAAAAUGUGAACCAUGGACAAACUGUACUGGCCUUGGACUUGAAGAGAUAGUGCCUGGCAGUAACCAAUCAGAUGCUGUGUGUAACCGUUCCUUCGAUGUAUUUCAAAAUUUCCAGGUUAUAAUUUGUAUUUCACUAAUAGUGGUUUCGGUGCUAGUGACUGCAUCUGCUGUCUUUGUGUGCUGUAAGAAGAUGAAGUCAUCAAAAGCAGAUUUAUCAAAGUGGAUGAAUGAGGUCUGCACCAGGAUUCAAGGAGCAGAGCAAAUAUCCCCCUGCAUUGAAACCAAGACCAAUAUUAACAGUACUGACAGAAAAGCUGCAAAUGAUAGGAUUCACAAUCCUGUUGAGCAGAGAAUAUGUAUACCCAUUAGUCCAGACAGCAUAAAAGUAUGUGGGCAUCUCCAUGGCAAAAGUGUUCCUACAGAAGAUGAGUACACGGAAAAACAUAAUUUGAUGGAUUCUGAAGAGGGAAGUAUGAAUACUGCAAGUGACUCAAUGGCAGACACAGAGGACACCUCGUUAGAAAGUGAUACCAGCCAUUGCUGCUCAGAGACAAGCUGUCAGAGGUUGCUGUUAGACAGACUUCAAAGUAUACCACAUGAAGAAUUGAUCUUUAAUCCUUAUUUUACCCAAGACCUAAAUGGCCUCAUACAUGCUAAUGGACUCUCCAGAGAUGGUCUUGAAGCUACCACCGAACCCCAGGAAAGUAGUUGUUUUUAUUGUUUCUGUCAAAGUAUGCCUGGAACCUAUUCUUCGUGUCCUGCACAUAGUACCUCAGACAGAAACUUUGGGGAUGAUGCAGGUACAUCUGCUACUGAAACACAGUGUCCUCAAGGCACUAGGAGCACUCCAGGAGGGAGCCACUCUUCAGAAACACCACCACCACCAUCUGGCAAGGUGACAGGAAAUAAUAACACAACUGUUAUUUCGAAUGGCUCCGUAAUGAACAUUAAAGCUGAUGUUGUUUUAUUGGUGGUUAGUCCAAGUUCUCAGGACGCAGCCACUGUGGCUGAAAGCAAAGAAGAAAACAUACGAAAUCCAGUGCAGGAGGAAAGCCAAGGCGAAUGUGACAGUUUUGUAGUAAAUACCCAGCCCCACAUAGGGAGGUAUGCCGACUUCCUACCCAACCUAAACACAAGUUCUGAGUCAUGGAACACCUCUCCAGACCACUGCACAAGCAUUGACAGCCAUGACACUUUAGAUAAAGGACAGCAUAACUUUGGGUUCUCUCAGAAUACAACCGUUCUACCCAUUCAAGAGGAGGGGAAGCCAGAAUUUGAUGUGUUUGAAGUAUGAAAGCAAUAUCUAUUUUGGUCUGAGGAAUUAAUUCUAUGACAACAAAGCUGGGUAAUAACAUAGCCACCAUAUGAACGUCAGAAGAAUUACAUUUAUGGACUGUACAUAGUGUACAUAAAUCUCCUAGAACAGUAGCUUUUUUCUACAGUGCAGCUUUUUCUAUUCUUUGUUUUAUUUGUAUAUAUUAGGUGCUAUCAAAACAAGUGUGGAUCUACUUUGCAUGAAAGAAGCUAAGAAACGGUGAUUGGGAAAGUGAUAGUUAUGUGUGAUUAUUUGCUUUUUAGCAUUUUGCUAAGCCUUUGUUCAAUGCCAUUUUGAAGCUGCAGUGAUCAAAUGGGAAACAGUCAACAUUAAUGAAUCCUGAAAUGAUCUAACACAUAUGGGAAACUCCUACGGUCAGUAUCUGUGCUUCUAGAACAAACAUUUU